AGGCCCCGCCGCCAUCUCGCGAUAGGGGCCCGGCAGCGGGAUGGGGCCGGGCGGCGGUGGCCGCCUGCGGCUGGCACUGGGGCCGCGCUGCCUCUGGGCGAUGGCGGUCAGGUGGGCACCGCCAAGGCUGGCGGCCGGGGCUCGGUACGGGCUGUGGGCGGCCACACAGCGGGGCGCGGCCCCUUGGGGAGCCCGCGGGCUGCGGGGCUCCAACCCCUUCACCCGCGGGCAGGAGGAGGAAUGGCGGCGGCGGAACCGGACGGCGCUCACCUACAUCGCCGCCGCCGCCGUGGGCAUGGUGGGGAUGUCGUACGCGGCCGUGCCGCUCUACCGCCUCUACUGCCAGGCGACCGGGCUGGGGGGAACGACGGGCGCGGGGCGCGGCGCGGCGAGGAUCGAGGAGAUGGAGGCGGUGAAGGAGCGGGUCGUCAAGGUCACGUUCAACGCCGACGUGCACUCCAGCCUCCAGUGGAACUUCAGGCCGCAGCAGAGCGAAAUCUACGUGGUACCAGGAGAGACUGCACUGGCCUUUUAUAAAGCAAAAAAUCCUACUGACAAACCAAUAGUUGGAAUCUCUACUUAUAAUGUAGUGCCCUUUGAAGCAGGACAGUACUUCAAUAAAAUACAAUGUUUUUGUUUUGAAGAACAGCGCUUGAAUCCUCAAGAGGAAGUAGACAUGCCUGUCUUUUUCUACAUUGAUCCAGAAUUUGCAGAGGACCCUAAAAUGGCUAAAGUUGAUUUGAUCACCCUCUCCUACACAUUUUUUGAAGCAAAAGAAGGACAGCACUUAGCACUUCCUGGAUAUCAGUAAUGGGCAAUCUCUACACAAUUUGACUUCUACUACCUGACUACCAGUUUUGAAACUUAUUUUUCUAUGAAAGGAAAAACUGCUGGAGUACAGUGCAAUAUGAAAUGAUAUUAUUAAACUACUGUGGACAUCUGCUGGUGUUAUGAAAA